AUGAAUGCUACGAAUAUAUUCGAUGACUAUCAGGCCAGCUUGAACCACGGCACUUUCUUUUUACUACUUUCUCUUCUAAUACAAGCUAUCGUGCUUUAUGUCCUUAUCUUUGCCUUCACUAUCGGUCAUCGAAGCAUACUUCGCACACCUCAGAAUCAAUCUCUAUUCAUUCUACUCAUACCGAACUUUCUUCAAUUGCUGUUCAGUUUACCACAGACUCUUCAUUAUCUCCGCCUCAAUUUCGUAAGUCCUGCUACUCCCGCCUACUGUACAUUCUGGACUUUCAGCAACUUUUCACUUAAUGCUAUCAGUGAAUUUCUUAUGGCUACUAUCUCGGUCCAACGACAUAUGCUCAUUUUUAAUUCAACAGUCAUGAGAGUUCGUCGACAGCGCAUACUGUUAUUCAAUCUACCAUUGCUCUUCGCUAUUAUUUAUCCAACUACAUUUGAUUUCGCUGUCGUUGUACUUUAUCCAUGUGAUGGCACCCUAUGGAAUUACACAAGUAAUGCCUGCGGAUUGAUGAACUGUUUUUUCUUCAAUCCAAUUCUGUCUAUGUACAAUUGGAUAUUCAAUGUCGGAAUGCCUGCAGUUGUCAAUUUCACAUCCGACGCAAUACUUUUCAUACGAGUUCUUAUGCAAAAAUUGCAUGCACAUCAAAGACUUCCAUGGAAGCAACAGCGACGAAUGGCAGUUCAUUUGUUCACUAUGUCAGGACUCUAUGUAAUCUCUUGGAUUCCAGUUGUCGUCAUUGGCACUAUCCGAUCAAUACAAUAUUCAAGUGCUCUUGCCAUUAUCCGCCGUAAUUAUAUUACAUAUUUCCCCAGUCUCGUAUGGUUUUCUCUUCCUUGGAUCGCGGUUGGCCUAUUGCCUGAAUUAAGAGCAUGGAUGCUGAAGCCUUUGAAGCGUCGAACAGCUGUUGUUUCAGCUGGAGCCGCAUCGGUAUUGCAAAACACAUAUCCGUUGCAAGUCGCACACAUGAUACAAGUCAUGCCGUUAAUGGUGGGUAGUAUUUCUUUAGCCUUAUUAACUGCUACUGGUAUAACAUUUAUUCUUAUAAUAUCAUUAAUUCCGACAUAUCUUCAAAAUCAUGCUAUCUCUCCCAGUUUCGAUCAAAACAUUGUUGUUUUAUCAGUCACAUACAGAACAGAUUUAUCGAGUCAAAAUCUAGUUAAAAUAAAGAAUAUAACUGAAUUGAAUACCCAAUUAGCACAAUUAUUUCGUCCACGACAAAUUAAUCUAUUAAUUACUUCUUAUGAUUUUAUUAUUUCUAAAGAUAUAUCAAACCUCGUCUCAAUACAAUGUGCGGAUGGUUCGCUAUUUUCUGGUGUACCACUUAAUCUUCGGUUUACUCUCGGGCCCGCUCAAAAACAAAUCACAAACUCUCAAUGGAAAAAAUAUGUCAAUAAACUACUAAACAAUCUUCAGUUUGAAUAUAAGAAAUUCAGUAUUAUCAUGUCAUCUAUAACUGACCCGACAAUCAUCAGGUCAGUUCAAUUGGAAUUCUGCUCAUUAGAAAAACUGUCUCCCGAUGCGACCAAUACAUUGAUUACAGAUAAAAUCAGAUUGAAUUGUCCAGUCGCUAUACUAGGUGCUGGUAUAGCCGGAUCUCAUAUUGCUUAUCGAUUAGGUCCACGUUUUAAAAAUAAUUUAUGUAUCUUUGAACGUGAAAAUUAUGUCGGCGGAAGACUUUAUGAUCUUGACAAUAAUGAAAAUAUACCAUUAGCUUAUUCUUCUAAUCCAAUAAUACCUUUCGGCGGUAUGAGAUUUUAUGCAAAUCAACCUGUUGUUAAACAAUUAAUUGAUGAAUUGAAUAUCUCCUACUAUCAAUAUGAUUAUCAAACUACAUUAAUUAAAACACGUGGAAAAUUCUAUACGUCAUAUAAUGAAAUGUGUUCAAAGUCAUAUACGAAUUUAGAUUGUACAGAUGAUUCCAGUGGUAUGAAUGCACAAGAUCAAUUAUGGGUGAAGUUAUUAGAAGAAUACGGAAAGAAUCCUGCAAGUUCAUACAACUAUGCAGAUGUCAAUGCAUUUUGUCGUUAUGUUCUCGGUGAUGAGGCAACAGAAUACUUAAGAGAUUCAUUUCGAUUUCGAGCCGAUUUCUUAAACACCGAUGUUUAUUCUUAUAUGGAAUUUCUCAAACAAGAUUUCAAUCUCGUCGCUCCGAUUUAUUACCCACAUCAAGGUUUAUCACAAAUAGUUAAAAGAAUGCUUUACAAUGCGAUCAAUUUCAAUCAGGUUCGAUUAUAUGUAAAUGAACCUGUGGUAGAAAUCAAUGAAAAUAUCGAUAAAAGUUAUUCCGUGGAAACAAUGAAUUAUAAGAUAACAUGUAAACAAUUAAUUUUAGCAAUACCUCCACUUGGUUGGUCAAAUGUUCAAGGCACAGUUGCUAAUGAAAUUAAAUCGACGAAAUACUUUCAAUCAAUUUUACCCGUUAGAACAAUAAUUAUCGUCAAUUAUUGGUCAAAUAGAUGGUGGGAAAAUAGCAUCUUAUUCGGCAAAUAUAUUGAUCGUGCUUGGACAAGACAAAAUUGUAUAAGUUUCAUAGAAAUACUAUCUCAACAUCCAGCUAAAAGAGACAUGAAUGUCACCAAAACAGUUUAUGAUGAUGGAUUAUGCGUUGGUAUGUGGUCGGACUUGAUUGCUCGAAAUUCACAAGACGAUAUGGUUGAAGAAUUGCUACGAGGAUUGAAAGGGUUGUUUACUGAUGUUGAAAUAUCAAGACCAAUCAAAACAUUAACAAAAAUAUGGCCUAGUGCGUGGCAUUUUCAAAGAUCGAAUAGUAAUGUUACGAAUACAGAACUUAUGAAUUGGGCUUUAAAGCCGAUCGGAAGAUUUGCUAAAACUCAAAUUAGUUUAGUCGGUGAAGCUUAUAAUAUCGAUCGAUCUGGUUGGAUUGAUGCAGCUAUUAAAUCUUCGUUGGCAUCGCUUUAUUCACAAUUUAAUUUUAACAAUGUUUGUUACCAAAACGAUGCUGCUAUCAAUGGAAAUUACUGUACUGAAAAUUUUGUUUAA